CGAUAAAAUCAACUCCUUUGGAUAAAACUAUUGUAAUUACUUUAUUCCACUAAAAGGAGGAGCUAACUACACUUUCAAAAUGGGUUGUCUAUCCGGAAUAGUCAACUUUAUUUUAUACAUUGUCAAUAUCGUGUUUUUGAUCGUUGGCAUCCUCCUAAUCGUGCUGGGCUCGAUCAUGUUAUCCGAUCUGAGUCACAUCAAUUCCACGGGGGAUGUGACGGACACCAACACCAUUCCAAUCUGCGUCACCGUCCUGGGAGGCCUCAUCUUCGUGGUGUCCUUCUUCGGGUGCUACGGCAUCUUCAGGCAGAGUGUCUGCAUGACCGGAGCGUACACCAGCAUGGUCUUUGUGCUCUUCAUCCUGCAACUGGUGCUCACCUGUUGGGUUUUCGUGAACCGAUCUGCCUUCCUCGGGGAUAUGAGCAAUCUGGUUAAUUUGCUUUGGAACUCCCAGGACUACAAUGCGAUAGGCGUGCUGGAGGAAACCUUCGGCUGCUGCGGCGAUACCGGCUACACCAACUACAACAACAUCGGCCUUUCCGUUCCCGGAACCUGCUGCGGCUACCUGGACCGCCAGGCCACCUGCAGCACCCCUUCGGUCUACCAGUCCAGGCCCGGCUGCAAUGCCAAGUUCGAGGAGUUCUGGAACGACAACAUGGACAUCAUCCGCUGGUCCGGCCUGGGCCUCUGCAUCUUCGACCUGCUCGUCUUCCUGAUCGCCGGCGCUUUGACCAACUGCAUGCGCAGCCAGAACGCUGGUCGCCAGGUGUACGCCUAGACUGCGGAGGAUCAAGCCUAUUAUCUAUUUCUACUUAUGUUAUAUAAUAUAUUAAUAAGUACGCCUAGACGUCGGAGGAACAAGCCUAUUUAUCUAUUUCUACUUAUGUUAUAAAACUUUCGAGCCGUGCCCAUAUUAAUACAUACCGCAACAAUGUUUUCCAUUUCUCGUUUUAAAAUACAUAUGUUUUUUUACCUAAUUGGCUUAACAAAA